AUGUCAGUGAAGUAUGAAGACCUCCAGUACUUGGAGAGUGAGAAGAAAAGCCAGGGGUUUACAGAUGGGCUGCCUGCCCUCGAGACCUUCCUGCAGCGGCUCCUCUCCAGCACCCGCUCCUUCCUGCUCUCCCUGGGCCUCAGCCUCCUCCUGCUGGUCGGCAUCUGUGUGAUCGGAUCCCAAAAUUCCAAGUUUCAGAGGGACCUGGCAACCCUGAGAACAACUUUCAGCAACUUCACUUCAAACACUACCGCUGAGGUCCAGGCACUGAAAUCCCAGGGUGAGCCUUGUGGAAGUUUGCAAGAAAUGAUAACAUCUCUGAAAGCUGAGGUGGAAAGUCACAAGCAGGAACUGCAAGCAGCCCGUAGCUUGAAUGACAGGGUGCUUUCUCUGGAGAGCAGCCUGGAGAACCAGCUGCAGGAACUCAAAGCAGGUUAUUCCAAAAUGCUCUUGCGAGUCCAGCAGCUGGUCAAGAACCUGAACUCCCUGACCUGCAAGAUGGCUGCUCUCAAGGGCAAUGGCUCGCAAAACAACUGCUGUCCUACCAAUUGGCUGGAGCAUGAAGGCAGCUGCUACUGGUUCUCUCGCUCGGGGAAGCCCUGGCCCGAGGCUGAGAAGUACUGCCAGCUGGAGGACGCCCACCUGGUGGUCAUCAACUCCAGAGAGGAACAGGAUUUUGUCCAGGCCCAUAUAGGCGCCUCCUACACCUGGAUGGGCCUCAGUGAUCUGGAUGGAGUCUGGAAAUGGGCGGAUGGGACGGACUAUGAGACCAACUUCAAGAACUGGAAGCCAGGCCAGCCGGACGACUGGCAAGGGCACGGGCUGGGUGGGGGCGAGGACUGUGCCCACUUCCACCCCGAUGGCAAGUGGAAUGACGACGCGUGCCAGAGACCCUACCACUGGAUCUGCGAGGCUGGGCUGAGCAAGGGCAGCUAG